AUGAAUGAAAUUGAGAUUCCUGACCCUUUCCUCUGCCCUAUUUCCUUGCAACUUAUGAAGGACCCUGUCACAGUAUGCACAGGAAUCACAUACGAUAGAGAAAACAUAGAGAGAUGGUUAUUUUCAUGCGAGAACAAUAUGUGCCCUGUUACUAAACAAUCACUGUUACACACUGAUCUUACCCCAAACCAUACUUUACACCGUUUGAUCCAAGCUUGGUGCACCCUUAAUUCCUUCAUUGGAAUUGAAUGUAUUCCAAUUCCAAAGCCAACCAUUGACAAAACUCAAGUACUGAAACUCCUCUCUGAAGCAAAGAGAUUCCCGGAUAAGCAUCUCAAAUGCCUUAGAAGGCUUCAAUCUAUUGCUUUUGAAAGCGAAAGUAACAAAAACUCUCUGGAGUCAGCAGGGGCAAUAGAUUUCUUGGCUUCAACCAUGAUAAACAAUGGCCAAGAAGAUUCAACUGUUAUUAGUGAAGCAGCUAUUGAAGUUUUGUUUCACAUAAAUCUUUCAGGAUCUCAGCUUAAGAAUCUUAUAAACAACGAGGGCAUUCAAUUUAUUGAGUCUUUGUUUCAGGUCUUGAAGCUUGGGAACCACAAGUCUCGAGCUUAUGCAACUAUGCUAUUGAAGUCAGCAUUUGAGGUGGCUGGUCCAACCCAAUUGAACAGUGUCAGAACAGAACUGUUUGUUGAAAUAAUAAGAGUGCUAAGGGAUCAGAUAUCACAUCAAGCUUCAAAGGCUGCAUUGAAGCUUCUUGUGGAGUUGUGUCCAAAGGGUAGAAACCGAAUCAAAGCAAUUGAGGGUGGUGCGGUUUUAGUCCUCAUUGAGCUCCUUUUUGAUGUCUCUGAAAGAAGAGCAUGUGAGCUUAUGUUGAUAACUUUGGAUCGACUUUGUGGCUGUGCAGAAGGAAGGGCAGAAUUGUUGAGCCAUGGAGCUGGAUUGGCUAUUGUAUCAAAGAAAAUCCUAAGGGUUUCUCAUGUGGCAAGUGAUAGAGGGGUUAAAAUUUUGACUUCCAUUUGUAGGUAUUCAGCCACCCCAAGAGUCCUUUACGAAAUGAUGCUAUUUGGGGUUGUGUCCAAGUUAUGUUUGGUGCUUCAAGUGGAAGGUAGUUUCAAGGCUAAGAAGCGGGCCAAGGAGAUACUCACAUUGCACUCUACAGUUUGGAAGGAUUCUCCAUGUAUUCCUCUCCCUUUGCUUUCAUCUUAUCCAUGA